ACAGAAAACAUUUUUUCUCACAUGUCUCAGUCCUUCCCACAAAACAGUGACGUGAUUGUAAAAGCUACAGUAACCUCGGUCAUCUCAACACAAUGAAAAGCAGGGAGUGGACUUGGGGGGGUUUGUCCAGCGCUUUAACUUUCACUCUUGUUCUCGCUCCAGGGUUAACCUUUCCGUUAAUUUACUUCCAAUACCAUCAGGAAACACACAAUGCUUUUCUGUGAAGUGAUUUUUGUUUUGUCUUUGAUGACAUUUCUACUCGACUUCCACGCGUCGGGCUGUGUUUUCAACUGUACAGAUAAACCUGUGUUCACUCCAUCCCGGCUUGUCGUCAAGUAUGGUGACCCAGCGUCUGUGAUCUGCAAUGCAUGUCAGCAAGAAUGCCUCAACGAAAUAUUUAACAUAGAGCAUUCUGUGGGAAAGGUAACAAAAAACAGAACCACAAUUUCCUGGAAUAUUGAUAACUUCACUGAAUGGACAGCUCGUCUCCAGUGCUAUUACAAUAAGGCUGCUGAGAAUGUUUAUGAUCCUGAUGUCCAGUGCUGUACCAUCCUGCCCCUAACCUUAUACAAGCCCCCAGAUAAGGUGUCCAUCAGCUUUGCUAACCACACCGGGCCAUUGAUAGAGGCUCAUCCGUACACUCUGCAGUGUACAGUACAUAAUGUUGCUCCUGUUGAAAAAGUCAUGGCAAUCUUCUACAGAGGACAUUCAGUUGUUGGUCAAGUACAGGUUAACAACAGUUAUGGGAAAAAACCAAUGACUCAUUCCUAUACUUUGGACGUCACCCCCCAUAAAGGUGAAGAUGAUGCUGCGUAUUGGUGUGCAGCAGAGCUUGUCCUGGGACCUGAAGGACCACAGCCCCCUCCAGUGGUGAUAUCUCAAAACAUGACUACCACUGUAUACUAUGCGCCUAAGCUACAGGUGCCAAAACAUCCAGGGUUGAUCACCAUCAAUGAAGGAAACCAGCUAAAACUGGAUUGCUCGUCUGAUGGAAACCCGAGUCCCUCAUACAACUGGACGCUUCCAUCGGGUAGCCUUCACUGGAGCAGCAUCCUCACUUUCGAAUCUGCAGCUGCUGAACAUGAGGGCAAGUACACCUGUACUGUCAGCAACGGCUAUUGGAACUUCACUGAGGAGUUUCAUGUGAAAGUCCAUGCCAACAACAUCGUAUACAUUAUACUUGGUAUACUAGUUGCUGUUGUUCUGCUUGUCAUCAUUGGUGUUAUCAUAUGGACCCGCUACUACAAAAACAAACGAACGGGACAAUACGACCUGAUUUUGAGCGUUUGCCGCUUUCGCUCACCACAUUCUGCCGUGCCCACCGUAGCGUGAAGAAUGGAAGUCAAGAGGCUCCCCUGUGGCUGAAACAAACCAUGAGCCACAACUUCACCUGUUUGAGCCUAGUGAGCAACCUCUUCUACAUCUCCCACUCCCCCUUGUCCUGUUCUCUCUUUGUCCUGUAUUUAGAUCAAAUGUCUUUAUUUGUCUUCAGACAAUUUGUCUAUCCUAAGCACUGAAUGAAAAGAAAAUAACUUGGUACUUUCGGUAAAGCUAAGUUGAAAACUAUGUUCACUGUUUAAGGAGGGAUGUACAUAGCUUAGAGUAUUUUGUGAAUUGGUGAGUGAUACUAUGUUUUGUUAUCAAACAUUAUUCUUAUAGGAUAAAAGGGCAUUUGGUCAAAGACUAUUUUCAGCUCCAGGGUAAUAUAUAUUUGAUGUUAUUACACAAGCUAUGUCUACAUUCUCUUUAGUAUUGGUGUAAACUUUACAGAUUUGAGUUUAAGUAACUACUUGUUAGUUUGUUUGUUCAUAGUUUGGUAAAAUGGAAAGACGCUGUUUGAAGUUGAGAUGUUCACUCUUAUCACAUUAAAACAGGUUUCUUAUGUGAACUGAUAGGAGGUAAACCUCAAGAGUGAAAAUAGUCUAUAAAUACAGAUGUUUAGAUCCAAAAGAACUUGAGAAAAUGUGUAAUAUUGUCAUGUGCCAAAUCUCAAUCAAUUUCAAUAUAAAGUGAAAGUGCUGUUAUAGAGGACACAUUAUACCCCUUUUGUACCUUUUCAAACAGUCGCCUGUGGUUUGAAUGAAACAUCUGUGCUGUGCUUUGGUCAAAAUAUAACAUGAAUCAAGCACCAGAGGAGGUUUGUGACCCUGGCAGACAUAAAGUUUUGUUCUAGGCUGAGGAUGGAGUCCUUGGUUGGCGAUAUCAGGGGAGGGAAGGGGAUUUUUUUUCACAGAAACCCACUUGUGAUGUCACAAGUUGAGCAAAUUUGAAACAGAGCAUUUUUCUCUGUGCUGUAAGACUUAUGCAGACUAAAAUCAAAAGACUGGAUGGAUUUAUUUCCCAUUUUGUGGGUCGGCUGACACUCAGGUCACCUAAAUAUGUUUAAAAACACUGAAAAAGUUGAUUUUUUGAAAUUAUUUUUCAUAAUAUGUCAACAGUCACUAUACACUUUGUGCUGCUCCUUAAUACUGCCAUACAUGAGUUAAAGUGUGGAGGUCUGGGGGAAGACAUACAGAACAAAUACAGUACCGAUUUGCUUUCUUCAGAAAUGAGCACUAAGAAUCAUGAAUAUAUCCUCUUACAGAACCAACAAAACCACUCUUCUUCAAACUGAAUACAUUGAAACUUAAGGACCUGGUCAAUUUCAAAACUAUUCAAAUCAUGUCCAGAGUUCAAAAUAAACAGUUACGGAACAGUAAUAAUAAUAAUAAUAAUAAAUUUGAUUUAUAUGGUGCUUUUCUAAAUACUCAAAGACGCUUUGACAGGAAACAACAAAAAAAACAAAACAAAGCAAUAUUUAAAGAUUUGUUAAGAAAAGGGAAAAUGAAGACAACCUCAGAGGUUUAUUUAUGUACAAAAAACAAGCUGGGAAAACCAAUGUGAAACUUCAUCACAAUAAAGUGGAUUAAUCUAUGGAACAGCUGUAGUGAAGAAAUUAAAACAUGUAAAAGGAUCCUCUGCUUCCUGCUCUGUUGGGUUACAACCACGUUUCUGUCCAACGUAUACGAAACAGAUGUAGAACUGAAGAAUCAAUGAGUAAGAUGGAAUACUAUAAGAUGUAAGGUCUGUACUGUCUACCAGCUGAUGUGAGUUAUAUAUUCUAUUUGUUGUUGUGUUUUGUUGCUUAGCUAGUUAACUGUAUUCUAUGAUUUUAUUUUGAAAGCUCAGGCAUUGGUGAAGCCUAAAAGGAAAAAGGGGUAGGACUAGUUUUUUUCACUUCAUCCUACACCAUUUUCCAACAUGGACUUAAAAAAUAAUACACAACAAAAGGAAGUUCUCAUUGUUAUUUUCUUUGUCUGUUUGUAAUUUUUCUUUGCUAUUUUUAAUAUGUUUUUAAGAAAUAUAAAAUGUGAAAUGAAAGAAAAAUGUGUAAUGCUAUAAUUAUCAACAACUGUUGUGCAUAUUGGCCAUAUUGGUGUGUGUUUAUACAACACUGUAGUGAUGUGCUCGUAUUGUUUAUUUUAUUAUUUGAAUAAGUGAAAACUCUUUGUACAAACAAUAGCCUAUAGUCAGUGUCUUUAAGUGAUAUUUCAUUGCAAUUUCAAGUAAUUACAAUGGCAUCGAACUAAAAUACAACAUUCACUGCUUUCUGUUUCUUAGAUGUGUUAAUUCUAAGUAUAUACGUAGUCACAUAUUCCUGUCAUCCAGUGUCAGAGUCUGAUCUUAAAUGCCUCAUAGCAUGUGUGAAUUAUUUGUGGCCUUGCUCAUUGAUUUUGCAGUGUGACAAAAUGGAAACCAAAAGCCGCUGCAAGAACUGGGAAAAGUAAUUACAGAUUUCCUGUUUAUGAUAUGCUCUAUUGCCUGGCUAUCUUUACUCCUCCAGAACUCUUGGUUUUGUUUGAUCUUUUACGGGAAACUCCACUGUAGAGAUUUUAUCUUGGGUGGAGUGAGUUCAUGCAUCCCAGAAAUGUUUCUCUCCAACUAUUUUACACCCUUACAUACCACCUCUACUCUCCUGCCAAGAAGAAACUUAAGAGGUGAUAAGUAAAGGAGGAGGAUAAGAUACAUUUGAGCUUUUUUCUUCAGGAUUUGUAUUUCAAGAAAUUAUUUUUAUCAAAGCUGAUACGUGAUAUCAGACUUGUGUUCAUGUUGAAUUCAUUACAGAGUACAUCCAUCAAAACAUCCAUUCAUGGAUAAUGCCAGUAGGGAAUACAUUUGUGAUCAGUCGACUCUUCAAUCUCUGGAGACUGGAUUGAAAGCAUGUCCAUUAUGUCUGAUCUCCUGCAGUAAUGUGUGUACAAACCCUUCAAUUGUAAAGGAAUGACCGCUUUCAUUUUAUUCGACCUGUCAGAGCUUUAAUAGAGCUUAAUAUUUUGAUGUGUUUACAAAACGACUAGCAGCUUAAAACUGAAAGCAGUCCAGGAAACACAUGUGCAUCCUGUACUGGACCUCUUGUCCAGUCCGCAAGUAGAGAAAGUACAUUCAGUACACUCUGUGCUUGAACUCAUACACUUGUUUUGUUGUUUGAAUUUUGAACUUGAAAAAAAUCUUGGAUUUGAGACAACAUACAUGCCAGCUAUAGCAAUAUCAUAAUAACAGUGUUUAAACAUUCAAACUGAAAUUGAUAAAUGUAGGCUAUAAUAGGCCUAUAAGCAAGGUUAAUACUGUAGCCUAUAUACAAACUUCUCAUCAAAAUAAAUAGUUAUUCAGCUUUCUUUAAAUUAAGAAAGAGAAACACACCACUCUAUAUGAUUAAAUUACUGUGUUACUAUAGUUUCAUUGUGUUACAGUUAGCCUACAAUUCGACUUUUUCGUUGUAAUGAGACAAAUAAAUAGCCUAGAUGUACGACUCAACUAGCGCUUCUUGAUGACGUGCAUUGAUUGGAUUAUAGGAGCCUGUAGAAAGGGGAUUUCUGUAAACAGCUUGUAGCUUCCCUCCCUCGCUAAGAGGAUUGGGAAACUAUCAGUUUCUGGCUUGUGUAGCGACUGAAGCCGUCUCGUUUGUAGUUCAACAGCAGUGCAUUUUUCCCCCAUCUUCCACUGAACUUUUAACUGGCACUGAAAACCUGAGGAGAACAAGAAGAAGAGCUGGAGGAUGAGCACCAAAGCGGGCAUCGACUACAGCGUGUGGGAUCACAUUUAUGUGUCGGACGAUGAAGAUGUUACCAGUCCGUACGUCGACACACCGAGCUUAUUCCGAAUGAGACAUCGGUCCAGGAAGGAGAAAAUGGCUGAGUUUCAGCAGAGAGGGGAAGACCUGGAGUUUAACUUUGCAGAAUGCAAGACCCUUAUAAAGGAAGUCCAGGGACAUCUUAAAAAGCUGGAAGAAGAAAAGCAGGAGGGCGAGGAGGACGAGGAGAGAGAGGUUGAGUUGAAAAGGGUCCAGGCUGAGCUGAAAAAACUGAAAAAAGAUGAAAAGUCAUAUGAAAAAUCCAUCGAAGAAUACCGACGAGAAGAAAAGAAACUGCCUUGGAAUGUGGACACUCUCAGUAAAGAAGGAUUCAGCAAAAGUGUUCUCAACAUCAAGCCUGUGACUGAGGAGAAAACUGGGGAGGAAAAGGUGGAGAAGCACAAGACUUUUGUGGAGAAGUAUUCAAAGGAAAUCAAACACUUUGGUAUGUUGCAUCGCUGGGAUGACAGUCAGAAGUAUCUGUCAGAUAACCCACAUCUGGUGUGUGAAGAAACUGCUAAUUGCCUUGUUGUCAUCUGUAUUGAUUAUGAGAUCGAUGAGAAACAUGCUCUGAUGGAGCAGGUGGCCCACCAGGCCAUAGUCAUGCAGUUCAUCUUGGAUUUGGCUCGGACGCUAAAAGUCGACCCAAGAGGAUGCUUCAGAGAAUUCUUCUCGAAGAUUAAGACUGCGGACAAGCAAUACCUGGACAUGUUCGACCAUGAACUGGAGUUGUUGAAGAAAAGGAUCCGCAGCUGUGCACAGAGUCGUAUGGAGAGCGCUAUGAAGGAGCUAGAGGAAGAGGAGAAGCAGAAGAGACUGGGCCCAGGUGGUUUAGACCCUGUAGAGGUUUAUGAAACACUGCCAAAGGAAAUACAGAGGAGCUUUGAUGAGAAGAACAUUCAGAUGCUGCAGGAAGCUAUAAACAAACUACACCCUUUGGAAGGAAAGUACCAUCUGACGAGGUGCAUUAAGUCUGGACUGUGGGUGCCUGAAUCAGAAGAGGGCAAUGACGAAGAUGAUGAAGACGAUGAAGAUGAUUAAUCAGAGAAGGAGGAACAUACAUGAGUUGUGAUAAAGAAGUGGAAUAAUUCGA